ACGUAGCCGCUGCGCAAACGCAAAGCACGCGUCCAAGACACCCAUACACACAAAGCACAUACACACACCGCCUACACACACACACGCACGCAACGCCACGCCCUCGCCGCCCAAGUCGCCCAAGCAAGCCGGCUUGCAGGAAUUUUCAAAAAAAUUUUUAAAUCACUGUUUCCAGUUUGCAGAAAUUUCAAAACUUCAACGAUUAAAAUUUUCGAUACCUCAACGUAUUUUUUUUCGAGUUUUGUUUUGUAUUUUUUGUGUGCGUGAACAAUUUUAAGUGCCAAUUAUUUGCGGAGUACAGCGUAAAUUACACGAAAAUAUUCAGCCAUCUGGGAAUCGGGGAUUCGGGGAUGAGGAUGCGACACUUGACAGCCACCAAAAUGGGCGUUCUGCCAGUGGGAGUGCUGGGACUUAUACUCCUCCAACUGGUGAUAUCGGUGCGAGGACAUGGCCGUUUGAUGGAUCCGCCGGCGAGGAAUGCCAUGUGGCGAUUCGGCUAUCCCAAUCCCGUAAAUUACAAUGAUAACGAGCUCUUUUGCGGCGGAUAUGCGGUUCAAUGGGAGAAGAACAGUGGACGUUGUGGUGUCUGCGGCGAUGCCUAUCACGUAAAGUCCCCAAGACCCCAUGAAGCUGGCGGGGAAUAUGCCAAGGGCAUCAUCUCUCGAUACUACACGGCCGGUCAGGAAAUCGAAGUCGAGGUGGAGCUGACGGCCAAUCACUAUGGUCGCUUUGAGAUGUUCCUGUGCCCCAACAACAAUCCCCGGCAGGAGGCCACCCAGCAAUGUUUUGACCGCUAUCCGUUGCCAAUUUCCGGGAGUCGGGAGCACCGGUACCUCAUCCCGCGCGAUGCCAAGAAGAAGGAUAUAUUCCGAUAUCGGGUGCGACUGCCGCCAUAUGUCACCUGCACGCAGUGCGUCCUGCAAUGGACCUACUACACCGCCAAUAUGUGGGGCACCUGCGCCAAUGGAACCGAGGCAGUCGGAUGCGGCAAGGCAGAAACUUUCCGGAACUGUGCGGAUAUAGCAAUUAUCUCGAACACCGGAGGUGGUGUCCCACCAAUCUUCGUGAACAACAAGUCACCAUAUCUGCUCUAUUAUCGGGAUUAUCGGGCGCCAGCGGACAACAACAUCUUUCCACUUAUUGUGCGUGAUCAGAAGUGCAUAGCUGCCCCAGCCUUCCGAACUUUGCCAGGUAUUGACAACUGGUGCGAGAUCAACUGCCUGCGUUACCCGCCCAAUUGUCCCGAGGACGCCUGCCACUGUCCCCAGGACUGCGUGGCCAUUGGUGAGUUGGCUGGCCAGGAAGGAGCCGAUACCUACUGCAUGGACAAGUGCCUCAACUACGGAUCGGAGUGUCCGCGCGACAGGUGCCGCUGCUCGUAAUCCGGCUCAAGGAAUCCGGACUACGAGCUACAGCUGUGCUGCCCACCCAUUGCCCCCCAGGAGGAUUACGAAGAUAAAUACCAAUCUACGAAAUGCGAGAUCCAAUGAAAUGAAUUUGAUUUACAACAUA